UUCAACUCAUGAAUGGGGAUUGGGACCCCCCAUUCACCUCGGAUCGGGAGGGUUGGAAGCUUUCCCUGACAACAGAGAAACAAACACGGAUAAACAAGAAGCUGGCGCAGGGCGCAGUCCACGAUACGAACUGAACAAUUGUUGAUCGUAAAAACUUUGAAAAAAUCGCUUCAGAUCCCAGAUUGACGAGAGACAUGGUGCUGCUCGACGAAGCGCGGAAGCUGAUGGACGAGAUGAUGAAGGUGACGAUUUUCCAGCCGUCCGAGAAACGGCGAAUGCUGGAGGACGAAAGAAAGACCUUCCCGGAUCCGAAUUUAGUUAUGGACGCGAGGCACAGAAUCUUUCGCGAGGACCUGGCCAGUUCUCCAGCAAAGGCUUCUGUCCUAGCAGAGGCCAGAAGAUUAUUGACGCAGGAGGAAACGAGGGAACUGCAGGCGAAAAGAGAGCAAGCUUUCAUACAGAGGGAAUUGCGCAAAUUUGAGCAAGAUUUGCAAAAGUCUCGUCCCAAAUUUUGCGGAUUGUGCAGCAGAAAGAAUAUAGCUAGCUCGGAUGACGAAAACUUUUGGAGAACAUCCAGCAAAGUCAAGCGGAUUCUCAUUAAUAAAAGAAGCAAAACGAUGGAGCAAAAGCCGACAGCCGCUCAAAAGAGGAGCAGAAAGCCGUUCGCGGAAGUCUCUUCCGCCGAAUUGAAGAACAACAGGCGGUGUCUGACGAACGGGAUCGAGAUAGCGUCUUUCGGUAGCAUUAAAGUGACCAUCAAGGAUAAAUCGAGCUGCGAAUCGGAAGAGCAACGACUGCAUAUUUUAAGAACGUAUUUCGAGGCUCUUCGACAGAAUGCGCGGGAUAAACACCGUCUCAGCGAAAUCAGGAUCCGCAUCCAGAGCAUCUUGUCGCGAGAAAGACUGAAAUCGUACGUUCAUCUGUGGAAGAUGCGUGUGAGGGAGGCGAAGGCACGACGAGAACGCGCGGCGGAAGAUCCCGACGCGCGGAGGAUCGAGAUGCUCAUCGACACUCUCAACGAGACGCGGAAGGAAUUGAAGUCAAGUCAAAGAGCGGAGUCGAAGGAUUCUUCCUCGAACUCGAGAGACACCGAGGCGAGGAAGAAGCCAUCCAGGCCGUUCGUCUUCGAGUCGCCGGCGCAGUGCCGAUUGAUCGCCCAGAAAGAGAUCAUUCGCAAGCAGCGGCUGAAAUUGGCCGAGCAGAACAGGAUCAUUGAGGAACUGAAGCUGAAGCAGGUGCAGGAGGAAAUAGCGAGGUCCGGCGAGGAAACGGUGAACGCGGCCAGGGAGACUCUCACCCACUGCGGUCAGCAGACCAGGAGGACGUUGAUCCAACUGAUGAGACAAGCGGGCUAUAGGGACAAAUCCCUGGUGGCGCCAAUUCGAGUACCGAGUCCCCCUAAAUUUCUGGCGAGGAUGGAAGCGCGGGCGGAAGCGAGGAGGGACAGAAUAAAGUUGCGCGAAGAAGCGCGACGGAAGAAACUGGAGGACGAGAGGAGAAAAGAAGAGGCCGCCAGGAGGGCGGAGGAGCAAGAGAGGAAAAGAUUGCAACAAGAGGCCCUGCGCGAAGCGCGAAGAAUGCGCGAGGAACGGGAGCAACAACGAGCGCGCGAAGUGGAAAGGUAUAAGAAACUAAAUGCCAUGGCGGAAGCAUUUUAUCGCAAAUACCUGUUGCGACGCUAUAUAACCGCGCUCGUCGAAAAGAGGAAUAACGAUAUGAGGAAAGCCGACGACUACUACAAGCGGUGCUUGCUGCAAAAAGUGCUCGUGAUGUGGCGGAUGGAAACGGAACGUCGGGGUAAAAUUAAAUCCGAGCUAGCUACAACGUUGUACAAUAGAAAUUUAUUGCGAUACGCGUUGCAAAAGUGGAAGGACGUGGUGCAGGAGGAGAGAAGAAAGGGCCAAGUGGCGAGAGACUUCUGCGACAUGAGAUUACAGAAUAAAUAUUUCAAAAUGUGGAAGCUAAAAGUUAUGGAAUAUAAGGUGGAGCAAUUGAAGCGUGAGCGUUUAGCUCUGCAGCACUACGAGGAAAGGUUGAAAAUCAAGUAUUUCAAUAUGUGGAAAAGGUAUCCAGAGAUGGUGCCGGUUAUCAUGGAGAGGAAGCGAGUGAGAGACAUGUGGCGGGAAAUCGUGCAAGAAGUAAUCCCAGACUUCGACCCGAGGCAAAGAGGUGUAAUAUUAGAAGACUAGUGUAAAAACGAA